GGUAAUUAAUCUGCCAUCAAGGAAGCCCUGCCCUGCUGUGGAGUUGUCCUGAGUCAUGGCUUUGGACUGGGGCCAUGGGAAGAAAGCACCGCGUGGUAGGGAGAGGGGCGGCCCUCAGCCCAUACGGAGACCUGGAAGGCCUGGGCACGGGGACCAAGGACGAGCCACAGGACAGCUGGGCUCCCAGCGGUGCUCGAGACCUGGAGCUGCGCUACUUCAAGACAGCCCAGGCACUAGUCCCCUCUGGGGCUCUCUCCAGUGCCUUGGGCUGUUGGGAGGGGCAGAGCAGGCCUGCUGACGCAGAGCAAGUGGGGAAGGCUUUGCUCACGAGGCCGGCCAGUGGGCGGGCCCAGCCAAGUUUCACUUCCGGCACUGCUGCCGGCAGCGGCAAGAGCCCAGUGCCUGCCUGCCUGCCUGCCCACCCGCCCACCCGCCGGCUCUGCUCAGCGGCAGGUUCCUACCCCAGCAUGGCCUCAAAAGCCCUGCCCCCUGGUCCCAUGCAGACCCUCAUCUUCUUGGACCUGGAAGCCACUGGCCUGCCCGGCUCCCAGCCCAAGGUCACAGAGCUGUGCCUACUGGCCGUCCACAGAUGUGCCCUGGAGAGCAGCGCCCCCUGCCAGGGGCGACCCCCUGCAGUGCCCCCGCCGCCCCGUGUGGUAGACAAGCUCUCCGUGUGCGUGGCUCCGGGGAAGGCCUGCAGCCCCGCAGCCAGCAAGAUCACAGGUCUGAGUACAGCUGAGCUCGUAGCACAUGGGCGGCAGCAUUUUGACAACAACCUGGCCAACCUGCUCCUAGCCUUCCUCCAGCGCCAGCCACAGCCCUGGUGCCUCGUGGCACACAACGGUGACCGCUACGACUUCCCCUUGCUCCGGGCAGAGCUGGCUAUGCUGGGGCUUGCAGGGGCUCUGGACGGUGCCUUCUGUGUGGACAGCAUCACGGCCCUGAAGGCCCUGGAGCAGAGCAACAGCGCCUCGGAGCGUGGCCCGAGGAGGAGCUACAGCCUGGGCAGCAUCUACGCCCGCCUGUACGGGCAGGCCCCAGCGGACUCGCACAUGGCCGAGGGGGACGUCCUCACCCUGCUCAGCGUCUGCCAGUGGAGACCACAGGCCCUGCUGCAGUGGGUGGACGCUCAUGCCAGGCCCUUCAGCACCGUCAAGCCCAUGUAUGGGGUCACAACCUCCCCUGGGACCCACCCGAGGCCCGCUGCAGUCCCAGCGACGGCAACCCUGGGCCCAGCCAGGAACACCAGUGCUAGCCUCGAAAACAACCGAAGACCCAAGGCUCUUCCUCCAGCAGAGGUCCCUGGGACCCCACCCCGGGAAGGGCUGCUGGCCCCACUGGGGAUGCUGGCCUUCCUGACUGUGGCGAUAGCCAUGCUGUAUGGACUGUCCCUGGCCACACCCGGGCGGUAGACUGAGAAGGAAACUUGGCAGAGAUCCCCCGAGCACUAAGUGGGAACCUCCCCAUACCCGCUCUGGGGCUUUGCAGCCUGGGACCGUGGGUGGGGCGCAGGCGUAGGCUUUUUCCCUCCUGCCCUAACAAGAACUCUGAGCCCCAAUAAAAGGCGGCACAACACAGAAA